CCAUGCUACAUAUGCGUCUACAUAACCUCAAUUGUUUAGUAUACCAGAUAUUGACGCCAACACCGGCGUCACAGUAAUGAUCUUCGCAUAAAAUUUAUGAAAACAUCUUCAUCAAUUAUUCAUUUAAAAACGGGAAAUCAUUAUUCUAAGUGAUCAUGGAUAUUCGCCCAAACAACACGAUCUAUAUAAACAAUUUGAAUGAAAAAAUUAAGAAGGAGGAAUUGAAAAAAUCUCUUUAUGCGAUUUUUUCACAAUUCGGACAAAUAAUGGAUAUUGUGGCGAUGAAAACCCUUAAGAUGCGAGGACAAGCUUUCGUUAUAUUCAAGGAAAUAGCAAGUGCGACAAAUGCGUUGAGAUCAAUGCAGGGAUUCCCGUUCUACGAUAAGCCGAUGAGAAUACAGUAUGCAAAAAGUGAUAGCGACGUGGUAGCAAAAAUGAAAGGUACUUACGCAGAGAGACCGAAGAAGCCCAAGCGAGUACCAGCUCCAGCUGAUGAGGAAGCGAAACGAGCGAAGAAACGCGCCAAAGACCAGAAACACGUACAAGCUCCAGGUUAUCAGCCUGGUGUUCAACAGCAUCCAGGAAUGAUGAAUGCUGCAGUACCAGAACAACCUCCAAAUCAAAUUCUUUUCCUUACUAAUCUACCAGACGAAACAAGUGAAAUGAUGCUGUCGAUGUUAUUCAAUCAGUUCCCGGGUUUCAAAGAAGUGCGACUUGUUCCAAAUCGACAUGACAUCGCCUUCGUGGAGUUCGAAAACGAAGUACAAUCCGGUGCUGCUAAAGAUGCUCUCCAAGGAUUUAAAAUUACUCCUUCACACGCUAUGAAAAUAUCCUUUGCUAAGAAAUAAUUUUUAACAACAUUUUUUGCAUUUUUAAGCGAAUUGUCUCGCAUCGGGACAGGGCAGUAUUUUCUCAGUGUCGGUUUUUUAUAUGCAUUUCCAUCAAUUGUCUCAAUUCUCAAAAAUAUGUUGGUGUAAAUAAAUUCAACUGAAGAAGUAUGGAGACAGUUCUUUGUCCACUAUUAUUAAUGGAGAUUUAUUCUAUAUCUCAAGCUCUGAAAUAAAUAUAAAUAAUUACAUGA